GCUUGUGUGUUGAAAAAAGUGGUCUGCAUCUUUUCUUAUUCUUAUCAAGUUUUUCUUGUGAUUUUCGGCCUAAUUGCACCACAGUCAAUUUACGGGCACGGCGAGUGAUUAGCCGUUGCUGUGAUAAAGCCAAAGUCCGCACCAAAUUGACGUAUUCUGCGCCCAUUUCAAUGACGCCCCGAUAAAGCGGGCGGUUUUGCGAAUCCGGGAGUGUUAGCUUUGUGGGUGAUUUUUUUCUGUGACUCCGUGCGCCCCAGAGAGGCUCGAUUGAGGAUCAGAGUGAUGGCAGACAUGGCAAAGAUGGAUUUUGAGUAUCUGUCGCAGAAGCACCUGGACGGGUUCGAUAGCUACAAGUACAGCUCCAAAGACACCUCACCACUCAGCAUUUACGUGAUGCAUCCGUUCUGGAAUCACAUCGUCACGUACUUCCCGCGCUGGGUGGCUCCAAAUCUCAUGACGUUCCUGGGAUUCCUCUUCACCGCUCUCAACUUUGUCAUGCUCUCGUGGUACGAUUGGGGCUUCUGGGCUAGCAGCGACCUGCCGGGCAGCCAGCCCAUUCCCAACUGGUUCUGGGCACUGGCGGCGUUCAAUCUGUUCCUGGCCUACACGCUGGACGGCAUUGACGGCAAACAGGCGCGCCGGAUUGGGCUGUCCGGGCCGCUGGGAGAGCUCUUCGAUCACGGCCUGGACAGCUACACGGCCGCUCUCAUCCCCGCGUGCCUGUACAGCGUGUUCGGACGCCUGGCGCCCAGCAUUUCGCCGCUGCGCAUGUUCUACAUCACCUGGAUGGUGUUCUUCAACUUCUACUUGUCGCACUGGGAGAAGUACAACACGGGCGUGCUAUACCUGCCCUGGGGCUACGACCUCAGCAUGUGGGGCUCCACCAUCAUGUUCCUCAUCACGUACGUCGGCACGUACAGCAUGUGGAAGGCGCCCUUUCCCUUCGGCCUCACGUCCGGGGCCGCGAUGGAGAGCGUCCUCCAUGCCUGCGCCCUGUCUAGCCUCCCCAUGUCGCUCUAUAACCUGUACAAUUCGUACAAGAUGAAAACCGGCAAAAUGCGUUCUCCGCUCGAGGCUCUGCGACCUCUCUUUCCCUUCGUCACCUUCCUCGUGAUCUUCAUGGUGUGGGUGCACAAAUCACCCAGCAACAUCAUGGAGCGCGAGCCCAGAGGCCUGUUCCUGCUCAGCGGCACCAUCUUCAGCAACAUCAGCUGCCGCCUGAUCGUCGCCCAGAUGUCCAGCACGCGCUGCGAGGCUGUCCACUGGAUGACACCCAUCUUCGUGGCCGCAAUACUGCUGGGCAUGGCCUUUCCAUCCCUGGAGCUGAUCAUCCUCUAUGCACUCUGCCUCGGCACGACUCUCUGCCACUGGCACUACGGCUCGAAAGUCGUGCAGCAACUCUGCAGGAAGUUCAAUCGCGUGUGCUUCUCCGUCGGUCCAGCUGUAGCCCAGUGAAUCCCUCUCCCUUCGCUUCUCCGUGGCCAUAUAUUUAUUUCACACACACACACACACCCACACGCGCUCUAUUUAUCUCUUCCUGUCCAUUUCUUGCCGUUUCAAGUAUUCUCCGUAGUCGUUUGUCGUUUGAAUUUUAGCAUUAAUUACAAAGACAAAAAGAGAUGUAUUUUACCUUAA